AUGUCGGACACUGACGAAGAAAUUCUGUCAGAGAGCCCAAAAAGGGUCGAUGAGAUUCUCGAAAAUAAAACAAAAAUUCCUACUUCGCCCGUUCCAGGACUUUCUCUCUUGUGUGGAGCAUUCAUGUUUUUCUGCUUAUUUAUGGAGUACCACUUGGCAGUAGCAUUUAAUUGGUAA